CUGUCGUUCGCACUGUGGUUGAGUCGCAUCGCUGGACUGGAACCCUGAGCUGCUAGGAAUCGGAAUUGGAAGCGCAAUCCCUCGCCAAAACCUCUCCAAAUCCGGAUUUGCGUCGCCUUUCCACCGCUCGAUCGACAUGAGUUCGGCCAAGCAUCUGAAGACCUUGAGUGAGGACGAGCUCGGCGAUUUCUUCGGCUCUUUCGACUUGGUCCUCUGCGAUUGCGAUGGAGUGGUUUGGUAUCCCCUGAGGGAUUUUAUUCCCGGUUCCGCAGAGGCCUUGGCCCACUUGGAGCUGCUUGGCAAGCAGGUGACCUUUGUGACCAACAACAGCAUCAGUUCGGUGAGGGAGCACAUCGAGAAGUUCGAGAAGCAGGGUAACCUCAAGGUGGACGAGCACCAAAUCGUCCAUCCCGCACAGACCAUCUGCGAUCACUUGAGAUCCAUUAGCUUCCAGGGACUCAUCUACUGCCUGGCCACGCCCCCUUUCAAGGAACUCCUCGUGGCUGCCGGAUUUCGGCUGACGGAAGACAGCGGUAGCGGCCUCAUCAGGAGCCUCAAGGACCUGCACGAGGCCAUCUUCGGCGGCGACUCCGUGGAUGCGGUCAUCAUCGAUGUGGACUUCAAUCUGUCGGCUGCCAAGCUGAUGCGAGCCCAUGUCCAGCUGCAGAACCCCAAGUGCCUCUUCCUGGCCGGAGCCGCAGAUGCCCUCAUACCUUUCGGCCAGGGCGAGAUUAUAGGACCUGGAGCCUUCAUCGAUGUGGUGUCCCAGUCGGUUGGCCGCCGGCCCACUGCUCUGGGCAAGCCCGGCGAGGAUCUGCGCAGGAUUCUACUGGACCGCCACCCGGAAAUCCCGCCGAGCCGCGUGCUCUUCGUGGGCGACAGUCUGGCCAGCGACAUUGGCUUCGCCCGCGCCAGUGGCUACCAGACGCUGCUCGUCCUCACCGGCGGCACGAAGCUGGAGGACGUGCAGCGCCUGCCGGCUGACCAUCCCCAGAUGCCCGACUACCUGGCCGAUUGCCUGGGCCAGAUAGCACCCACCUCCGCCUCCAAUGAUCCGGAAUCCAGUAACUCUGACUCGACACAUUUGCCCUGAUAGCACUUCGAGUGUUUGUCACCCUUUUCCACAGAACUUUAAUCGUCGGAGGGCAAUGGGGCUUAGAUUAUGACCACAGGUGAGUAUGUGUCCGGAGUGAGCAACAAACAAAAUCUAAUCACCUCAAGAUUUUGGAAGUCAAUAGAUUUUGUGGGUUUAAUGCAUCUCUACUUUAUGACAAAUCAAAAUAAAAUAUUCUAGGAAUUUGCAAUUUAAUAUAUAACAAAUUGCUUAAAUUGUCUGAACGCCUUAUAGAAUUUUUUGAAUUUAAAUGUACAAUUUGUUUUUACUUCAUAACAAAUUAAAA